UCAAAAGCCGCUUUCCUGCUCGCCGCACCCAACCAUGGCGUGGCUCUUUUAUUUGUGGGCGGCGUCGCUGGUGUCCGCGUGGGCCGAGCCUGUUCCCGAUGGAGUCCUGGACAUGGAGUGUCACGAUCGUUCAUUCGUGAUAGCCGUGGACCUCUCGUUCGCCGGGGAGGACGCUCGCUUUGAGGCCGUUGACCGGACGGGCACGUACGCCAUCAGCGAGGGCUACGCGGCCAAGUGCGGCUACAGCGUCACCGUCUCCCCGGCGAGCGGACGGGCGGAGCUGCGCGCGUCCUACUUCAGCUGUCACGCGGACCAGCAGGACGACGGGGCGUUCGUGUUCCGCUUCAACCUGCUGUCGGGGCGCCGCGGCGACCUGGUCUACGGGCUGAACAAGACCUGCGCGCCGUCGCUCAAGUGGUCCCCGCGAGAGGUCUCCUGCGAGCUCAACUACAUGGAGGUGUCCGUGGAUAGCCGAGUCUCUUGCGCCGCCGGGACGGAGGAGGACCACCGCAAUGUUCUCGGACACGAACGCGACUCCUCCGCUUCGGACUGGCGGGUGAUGUUCCAAAGGGACGAGGAGCAGAUGGAGCCCAUGAGUCUGCGGGACGCCCAAGAGCUAGGCUACGCCUUCCACCUCGGCGGCGAGAGGCUGGUGUUCCGCACCCCCUACGGACAGCCGGAUUCGUUCACGGCCAUGGUGAACGGCAUCCCCGUGGAGGUGGUCCACGCCACUCUGGUCUCCAGACGGCGCUGGUCGCUCAUCCUGGUGGACUUGGUGGCUACCUGCUCCAUGCACCAAGGCGAUUACGAGGACGACGGCCACAUGGUCUUCAAGACCCCUGAGGCGCCCUAUCCCGGUCCUAGUGUCACACGUGUCGGCGUCGGCGUUAGCUUGGACGGCGGCCUUUUUGAGGACGGCGACGUGGUGACGGAGAAUGACACGGUCCAGAUUAGAAUCCCCUUGGAUGCAAAGGGUGUACUCAGGAAGAGUUUUGCGAGUGGCGACCUUUACGAGUUCUACACCUUCCACGUCUACGUGGAGCAAAUGUUUGAGGACGAGGACGCGGAGACCAGGCUGCGGCUUCACCGGCUGCUGACCACGCCUUUGCUGCCGCGCCCCCUUUGGACCCAGAACCGAAGCGUCGUCGAGGAGCGGCUCUUUCAGGUCUACCUGGGCGACGUGCCCCAGGACGUCCGCUUGGUUUUGCUGCGACUCAACGGGCGCGAGGCGCUCUACACCAACUCCUGCUCAGUCGCCGCCGUGGCGCAACCCGUCCGCGGCCACGGCUACUUGCUGAAGGUGUCCUUCGACGACCCCGCCGUCACGCAGAUGUACCACCGAGCGUACGGAACCGUGCGAUACAGUUUGGACAUCAACUACACGCUGAGCGUUCUGCCGGAAAACCAGCUCUACGACUACUCCGUGAGCGUCACGGCGCUGGCCGGCCCCUCUCCCCCAGUCCUGAAUGCGGUUUGCUCGGAGUCCGGCAUCAGCUUCAACGCGGACCACUGGGCGUUUGACUUGCUGUGGUCCAUCGGAGUGGGCUCGGACACACUGACGCCGGAGUUGGCGGCGCGGCGCGGCUACCGGAUGAGCAACGAGAGUCACAAACUGCAGCUGGAUGUGCCGCUACAUUCGCGGGGCUUCCGCUACGAGGAAAUCACCCUGGAAAGAUUCUUGGGCACUUUUGAGAUCUUGGUGAAGGAGCGUCAAACGGGAGCGGUUGAAAAAGCCGUGGCAAAGACUUGUCCUUUUGUGACCUCAGAACUCAUCGUGUGUUCCACUGAUGGGAGGAUGACGGCGGUGGCCGACCUGUCUCGGAUAACCCCCGGCGGUGCCGCACCGUCUACGAGCAACCUACUGGACACUUCCUGCGGCCCGGCGGAAGCCGACCAUACCAGGGCGCUUUUCUCUUUCCCGCUCAACGGCUGCGGCUCCAAAGUCGAGCUACGCCGUGGUCACGUGAUCUAUCAAAAUGAGAUUUUCUACAGCGGCUCCGAGGACGCCGACGAAAGGUUGGUGGUGCAGUGCGCGUAUCCUCUGGAAGGCCUGCACAGGCUCUUCUCCACGUACACGUUCGAGUCGGACCACCCCGGGACGGGCAGCAUGAUCUUCACCAAGGGGCCGGCGGCGGCGGCGGCGUCG